GCGACAGCGGGGAAAGCGAGCUCUCCAAGCCGGCAGAGUCUGAGAGACAGCAUCUCACAUCUGAAACCCGCUACCCUGUGCAUGACAGCUACAUCACAAGACAUGGACUUGAUCGCGGAUGGUUGCCAUUGCCGAUGACGCGCGCGCCAGCUUUACAGUAAAUCAGGGGUUUUGCUGCAGACAGCCGCGCCUUAUUGUGACACCUUGCGACCCGACACCGGCUUUCUCCAUCACCACAUCACUGUUAGGAUUUCUGUGCGUAUUAACGUGAUGGUGCCUCCGCGUAUUGCGCGCCGGGCUCUGGGCUGAACGCGUGCGCGAGUGUGCGGAUCAUGGAUAGAUGAUAGCGCGUUUCUGCAUUUCUCAGUGUAAUAAUCAGCGCCUUUCUCAAUGGAUGAGGAAAUAGACACCCGCAAGAUCAACAACAGCUUCCUUCGAGACCACAACUAUGCAACUGAAGCUGACAUCAUAUCCACGGUUGAGUUCAACCCGACAGGAGAACUGCUGGCCACUGGAGACAAAGGUGGACGAGUGGUGGUCUUCCAGAGAGAGCAGGAGAGUAAGAACCAGCCUCAUCGUCGAGGGGAGUACAAUGUUUACAGCACCUUCCAGAGCCACGAGCCUGAGUUUGACUACUUGAAAAGCCUGGAGAUUGAGGAGAAGAUCAACAAGAUCCGAUGGCUGCCGCAGCAGAACGCCGCAUAUUUCCUCCUGUCCACUAAUGAUAAAACCGUAAAGCUAUGGAAAAUAAGCGAGAGAGACAAACGACCAGAGGGCUACAAUCUAAAGGAUGAAGACGGCAGGAUACGGGACCCGACCACCAUCACAGCUCUGAGGGUGCCUGUGUUGAGGCCAAUGGACUUGAUGGUUGAAGCAACACCUCGCCGCAUUUUCGCUAAUGCUCACACCUAUCACAUCAACUCAAUCUCCGUCAACAGCGACUACGAAACGUACAUUUCCACAGAUGACCUGAGGAUCAACCUGUGGAACUUGGAGAUCACAAACCGAAGCUUUAAUAUUGUGGACAUAAAGCCAGCCAACAUGGAGGAACUGACAGAGGUGAUCACAGCGGCUGAGUUUCACCCUAAUCAGUGCAACACGUUUGUCUACAGCAGCAGCAAGGGCUCGAUAAGACUGUGUGACAUGAGAACCUCCGCACUUUGCGACAACCACUCUAAACUGUUUGAGGAACCAGAAGACCCCAGUAAUCGCUCCUUCUUCUCUGAGAUCAUAUCCUCCAUCUCGGAUGUGAAAUUCAGCCACAGUGGACGCUACUUGAUGACCCGUGACUACCUCACAGUGAAGGUGUGGGACAUCAAUAUGGAGAGCAAACCUUUGGAAACUUACCAGGUCCAUGACUAUCUUCGCAGUAAGCUGUGCUCCCUGUAUGAGAAUGACUGCAUCUUCGACAAGUUUGAAUGUGUCUGGAAUGGAACUGACAGUGUCCUAAUGACAGGCUCCUACAACAAUUUCUUUCGCAUGUUCGAUCGAAACACGAAGCGCGACGUGACUCUGGAGGCCUCGCGGGAGAACAGCAAACCCAGAGCCAUCCUCAAACCACGCAAAGUGUGUGUGGGCGGCAAGCGGCGUAAAGACGAAAUCAGCGUAGACAGUCUGGACUUCAGCAAGAAGAUUCUACACACCGCAUGGCAUCCCAAUGAGAACAUCAUCGCCGUGGCUGCCACCAACAACCUCUAUAUAUUUCAGGACAAGGUCAACUAGCACAUAGCUCUGAUGGCUCCAGUUUAACGGCAACAAAAGGCACUUUUUCUCUAGAUGGACCAGGAGUGGAAAGGUUGGGACUCACUAGCCAUGAGGAACAUCUAGAUGAGCUUUGCCUUCACAGCAGAUUUGACGCUGCACUGAAUCUGAUGAAAAACUUGAAAAUGCACUGCGAACCACGGACAAUGACACUGGCUGUUGGACUGCUUUUGUUUUUAAUUAAAAUCUCUCCUUUCUGUAGGUUUACUGGUUACGCACAGCAGUAUGAAGAGGAUCAGCUUACCUUUAAAUGUCACUGACGGCCCUUUCACAUGACAUGUCUCUCAAUCAUUAACUAUGUUUCUAUCUAAAUACAAGAUUUAGAUAUUUGCGCAAAACUGGAAUAUCGCAUAAAACCUGGGUGUUUCGAAUCACCUAAGUCACGUGACCGGUGUGUUUCGAAUCACCUUAGUCACGUGACCUGUUUCGAAUCACCUAAGUCACGUUACCUGUGUGUUUCGAAUCACCUUAGUCGCGUAACCUGGGUGUUUCGAAUGACCUUAGUCACUUGACCUGGGUAUUUUGAAUCACCUUAGUCACUUGACAUGGGUGUUUCGGAUCAUGCUUCGGUGCAGAGUUUUCGAAACACUUGCGCUUCGGGAUCUCAUCUGAGAUAUUUGCGCAAAACUGGAAUAUCGCAUAAAACAUUUGCGAAUUAAGCAGCCGAUGAGUCCAGGAGUACAAAAUCGUCACUUCCUGAUAAACUGGCAACAAAUAUCAAAGCCACUGUGAGCUUUUUAAAAAUAAAUAAAUAAAUACUUUCAUCUCAGAUGAUGAAACGCAAUGAACGUGCGGUGGCGUUUGGCACGUGACUUUUUUUGAUGCGGCUGUUGAGAUUUAUUCCGAAAUGUGUUUCAAUCAUGAGCUAUUUCAAUUAGAUGUAUGCGCAAAACUCAAAUAUCGCAUUAAACAUUUGCGAUUUAAGCUGUGUUUCCAUCCAACGAGUCAAACUGAAAAUAAUCAUCACUUGCCAAUAAUCUGACAGCAAAAACAGAAAUUGCUGUGGUAGAAGCAGCCAUUUUGGCCCUUGGUCCUCAAGAUGCAACGUAAUGAUCGUGUGGUGGCUUUUGGAUUUAUUCGGUAAAUGUGGCCCAAGUUUGAUUCCUGGCCUUUUCCAAUCCUUUCCUUGUCUCUGCUCCCCACGAUUUCCUGUCAAAACUUUCCACUGUUCUAGCCAUUAAAAGUUCAAAUGAAACAUUUGCAAAUACCUUUUGCAGACACCAAAUAUAAAAACGAAACAUUUUAUUUGCUGUGGUAGUAGCAGCCACUGUGGCACUUUUAUUUAUAAAAUGAAUUACUUUCGCCUCCGAAAACGAAACGCAGUGAACGUGUGGUGGCUUUUGGCACAUGAAUUUUCUUGCUGUGACUUAUUUGGUAAAUGUGUUUCAAUUAUGAGCUAUGUUUCCAUUCAAAUACACAUUCGAUUUAUGCGCAAAGCUCAAAUAUCGUAUAAAACAAAUGCAACUUAAUCUCCGUUACCAUCCAAUGAGUUAUAGAGGGAAAAAAAUUGUUACUUGCUGAUAAACUGAUGGCAAAUAUUGAAAAGAAAAAUGGAAUUUGCUGUGAUAGAAGCCAAAGUGGUCCUUUUUUAUUAUAUAAUAAAUUACUAGCGUCUCACAUGACGAAACGCAGUGAACCUGUGGUAGAUUUUGGCACAUGACUUUUUUUUUUUUAUACGAAUGCUGGAAUUUUAAAAACUGAAACAUCACAGAAAACAUAUGCGAAUGUCAGCACCAAUAGCCUAGUGGUUAAAUGCAUCAACAUGGCAUUGAGGUGCUUGCAGUGACCAGAGUUUGAUUAGGAUCCUUUGCUGAAAAAACCUCUACAAUAUCAAGUAAAACAUUUGUGAAAUAAGCUGUUUGUAUCCAAUCAGUCAAACAGAACAAAAUGGUUACUUCUUAUUUGGCGUCAGUUUAUCAUCGGAAAGAAAAAUGGAAUUUGCUGCGGUCGGAGAAGCCACAGUAGAAUUUUUUUAAUAGAUAAUAAAUGACUUGCACCUCAUAAUACAAAACACUAUGAGAGCGUGAUGGCUUUUCAUCUGGUCUGACAUCCAGAUGAACACUGUGAACAAAUAUUCUUGUCUUGUUUUGAUCAUUAAAAAAGUCACAAUAUUAAAAUACAUCAAACCAUAAUUUUAGACUAAGUCGGGAUUCGAACUUAAGACAUUUACAGCUCAGUUACUCUGUGGCCACAUACCUUUGUGUUUUGAAUUCUUUUAGUCAUGUGACCUGGGUGCUUUGAAUAAUCUUAGUCACAUGACCUAGGUGUUUUGAAUGACCUUAGUCGAGUGACCUGUGUGUUUCGAAUCACCUUAGUCACGUGACCUGUGUGUUUUGAAUCACCUUAGUCACUUGACAUGGGUGUUUUGAAUCACCUUGGUCACGUGACCUGUUUCUCGAAUCACCUUAGUCACAUUACCUGUGUGUUUCGAAUCACCUUAGUCACGUGACCUGUGUAUUUCGAAUCACCUUAGUCACGUGACCUGUGUGUUUCGAAUCACCUUAGUCACGUGACCUGGGGGUUUUGAAUCACCUUAGUCACUUGACCUGGGUAUUUCGAAUCACCUUAGUCACGUGACCUGGGGGUUUCAAAUCACCUUAGUCACUUGACCUGGGUAUUUUGAGUCACCUUAGUCACGUGACCCGUUUCUCGAAUCACCUUAGUCACGUUAUCUGUGUGUUUCGAAUCACCUUAGUCACGUUAUCUGUGUGUUUCGAAUCACCUUAGUCACGUGACCUGUGUGUUUUGAAUCACCUUAGUCACUUGACAUGGGUGUUUUGAAUCACCCUGGUCACAUGAUCUGUUCCUCGAAUCACCUUAGUCACGUUACCUGUGUGUUUCGAAUCACCUUAGUCACGUGACCUGUGUGUUUUGAAUCACCUUAGUCACAUGACCUGGGGGUUUCGAAUCACCUUAGUCACUUGACCUGUGUGUUUCGAAUCACCUUAGUCACGUGACCCGUUUCUCGAAUCACCUUAGUCACGUUAUCUGUUUGUUUCGAAUCACCUUAGUCACGUUACCUGUGUGCUUCGAAUCACCUUAGUCACGUAACCUGGGUGUUUCGAAUCACCUAAGUCACGUGACCUGGGUGUUUCGAAUCACCUAAGUCACGUGACAUGGGUAUUUUGAAUCACCUUAGUCACUUGACAUGGGUGUUUUGAAUCACCCUGGUCACGUGAUCUGUUUCUCGAAUCACCUUAGUCACGUUACCUGUGUGUUUCGAAUCACCUUAGUCACUUGACCUGGGUGUUUCAAAUCACCUUAGUCACUUGACCUGGGUGUUUCGAAUCACCUAAGUCACGUGACAUGGGUAUUUUGAAUCACCUUAGUCACUUGACAUGGGUGUUUUGAAUCACCUUAGUCACUUGACCUGGGUAUUUUGAAUCACCUUAGUCACGUGACCCGUUUCUCGAAUCACCUUAGUCACGUUAUCUGUCUGUUUCGAAUCACCUUAGUCAUGUUACCUGUGUGCUUCGAAUCACCUUAGUCACGUAACCUGGGCGUUUCGAAUCACCUUAGUCACGUGACCUGGGUGUUUCGAAUCACCUAAGUCACGUGACAUGGGUAUUUUGAAUCACCUUAGUCACUUGACAUGGGUGUUUUGAAUCACCCUGGUCAUGUGAUCUGUUUCUCGAAUCACCUUAGUCACGUGACCUGUUUUUCGAAUCACCUUAGUCACGUAACCUGGGUGUUUCAAAUCACCUUAGUCACUUGACAUGGGUGUUUCGGAUCAUGCUUCGGUGCAGUGUUUUCGAAACACUUGCGCUUCGGGAUCUCGACACUGUCAAAACGCCAGUUUCAUGUCAGUCAUCCCUACAUUUCGCACAUGACUCUUGACGUGAAUGCACAGUUUCGUUGUUAAAUGAGUUUCCAUGCAAAUGUUUCUGAAUCUAACAAAACAUUUAUCCUACUCAAGUUUUUAAUGAGCAUUAUCAAUCAACGCGCAUCUUUUCCAUGAAGCAUUUUUAUGCGAUAUUCCAAAACGUGCAUAAGAAACGUAGUUACUGAUCACUUUGGCCUCCAUCAAAAGCAUAGCAGACGUCAUCAAUGAUCUUACUAGGCAGCAAGAAUGAGAAAUGUACUAAAUGACCAUAGCGAAACGUACGAGAACAAUCCUGCUUAUUGUUUAAAAAUAUAGAAAAUGAAUGUGUUUCUCUCUGAAUGUGAUGAUAUACGUGGAUGCGCAGCCUUUUUCAUCCUGCUUUGGCAUGUCUCAAUGGCUGUUUUUAAAUUAAAAAAAAAUCAACUAAACGGCAAAGCAAAUUUGACAUGGAAUGCUACAAUCUAAUAUUCGAGCUUAACCCUUCAUGCUGUAGCCUAAAGUGACAUUGACGAGUCGUCUGAAAGGGCCUCAAGCAAGAGGGAGUGUUUCUGGUCAGUAUUUAGCCCACGUCUGAUUCUCACCUCUCGGCAGGACAGAGUGCGCAGACGGCUUUAAUACCUGAAUAUGUUGUUGUGGCUGCUGUGAGGUUACCAACUCUUCAGCUUCUUUUCUUUUUUAAUUUUAUUCAUGAAGGCGCACGCAUCAUUUCAAAGCCCUGCUUAUGGGCAGGAUCGAUGCAAUGAGCAGGAAUGGUGUAAAACUGAAGUAAACCAUGUAGCAAAAUGUACUAAUGUUCUGCUUUUUUGUUCUAAUUUUAUAAAGAAAGUGAAAAAAGGUAAUAAAAAAUCAUGAGGGAA